AUGUUUGUUGCGGUGGAGGCUUUUCUUGACACCCAACCGGCCAUCGAGAUAAACGACCGACUCCUGCGCCGGUUCGCCGACUUUCUAUCCGACCUUGGCACCCAGCCUGUGACUGUCACCCUGUCGAGCCUCGUCGCAGACAUGCUUGACUCGUAUGCCAAUGUCACCGAUGGGUUGGAAGGCUUCUCCUGGAGCCGAAGUGGGCAGGAGAUGGAUGUUGAGCAGCUCAUCCGUGAGUUUCUAUUCACGAGAGAGUGCUUCUACUACUCGAGGACACGCACGCCAUGCGUCGAAGCGACAUUCUAUGUCACCAACGUCACGCGAAGUGAUCUCGACGUGAGCCUCGAGUUUUCGUGGAAUCCUCCGAUAAUGCAGUUCCACGAGCUUCGCAACGCCGUUCGAGAAGGUGCCGAAUACAUCCUCACUCCGACCAUCGAGGAAUACGCUGCUACAGGACUGGCAAUGACCGUGGAGUAUUUCUUGGGACCGGGGGAGACCUGGCUAAAGUGGAAUGCCAGCUCGGAGUGCUUCAAAGGUGAGGUGCCGCCAAAGGUGGCUUCUCGAGUUGGCGCAGAGCGUUUUGAGACCUAUACCAUGCCACUCGAGCUCACGACACGAUUGACGAGAACGUUCACGGCCGAGAUGAAGUACGAACAACUCAUCCGGUGCGCAUUGCCGCUCACUGUCAAGAGGCGCGCUACACUGUGUUCGACCGAUCAUGAGCCAAUCCUGAGCCCUCCUUUCGCAAAGACUACUGGACUACAGAAGCUGGACGGUUUGCUCACGCGUGGGCCGCUUCUCUACAGUCCAAGGACCCGUCGAACUCCCAUGCCUCCACCUCCGACCCCCUGGAAUGAUCCUGGGAAGGAGAACGAGUACCUCAACAUGAAGGAGCUGCAUCUGCUGAUGGAGCGCAAGGCGCAGUCACCUCGCGGGCGCUCGCCACUCCGAUUGAACUCACUGUCUCUCGCAGUACUUCAUGAUGCAGUGGCGCUGUCACAGCCGCCUGCUCACAUGCGGGAUCUGAAGGUUCGGAUGAUGCAUGGACUGCAGCAUAAUGGUCUCGCGUUUCCGCACGACGGAGACACGAGUGACAAGGAGAAUGAAGGGGAGCCGCAGAAGGCUCAUCAGACCCAGCAACGCUCCAUUCGCAGACGUGCUACCAGAGCGAACCUCAACCAGGCUCUCAAGGAGAUCGGCAUGCGAUCCACGCGGGUCGACAGCCGCAUUGCUCCUCCACCCCAGCCAGAUGCGGAGACGGACAGCUCAGCCUUCGAUCACAGUGCAGUGGAAGCACAUAGCAGCGUACGCCGGACGCUGCGUGAGCGAGCUACAGUCCCGAAUUUCAACGAGUCACCUGCGCAGAUCGACUUGGGUUCAACCCACAUCACUCGUCGUGGCAGACUGACAUCGCGAUCGGGCUCAGAGAACGACCUCCACUCGCCCGGCAUGAUGUCUCCACUUGCACACAACAUCACGCCGCCAUCGAAAGCCUUCCUAGGCAGCCCAUCGCCGAAGAAGUCUAGGUACUCUGCCGGUAUCAUGCACAACCCUCUGCAGCAGCGACCGCUGCCAAUCCGCAAGCGGGCACGCCAGACAGCGUAUAUUGGCCCUUCCAUCGAGUUGCCGAAGAGAAGCGAAGCACGGGCACCUUCCAGCCACUGUGACUCUUGUCGCAAGGAUUCGAGCAGGCACAAUCUGGACGGCGAAGGCGAGCCGGUGUGCCCAGAUUGCCACAACAUUGUCGACGACCAGCAUAUCACGCAUGCUGCUCAGCUCUCACGAAGCGACACUGCACAGGGGGGCGGGGUCGCUGUCAAGUCAGAUACAGCGACCAAGACCGAGAAGCCUCCAGUCUCAGCAGACGAGUGGCAGGCAGCGAUCCAGCGCAACUACGAGGAGCUCAAGCAAAAGAAGGAGGAGACACUCGAACUCACGAUGGAAGAUAUGGUGGACAGCGAAGAGGAGUUGCCGAGCUUUCAAUCGGAUUUGUAA